UUCUGGUUAUAAAAGCAUUUUUUCAAUUCUUUUAUUGUGGUUUAAAAAAAGUAUGGAUGGAUUUAAAUUAUAAAAAGCACUAAUUUUAGAAUCCAGACACAAUUACAAUAAUUUCGAAAUUUCUGCAUUUGUUUUAUGGCGAUAUAGUAUACUUAGCAACGAAUCGAAUGCCUUUCAAUUAUCUGGCAGAAAAAAAAGCAUUCAAUGUCAACUAUGACGAAAAUGCAUUAACGAAAUAGGGCAGUCGAAUUCUGGCGCGUUUUUCUAAUCAUAACGAUUCGAUGUUCAUUGAGAUUACGAUUAUGGUAUAUAAACUCUUGAACGAAAAAAAUUACAUUCAAUUCAUCGAAUCAAAGUUUGACUUUGGUGGUGUUGGUUCACACACAUUGCAUGUCUAGCGAAUGGGAAAGUCGAAACUUUUUCGCCAAGGCGAUAUAAUUUAUUCAAGUAAUGACAAACCGUUCGUUUACGUACUUUUCUCUGAUCAACGUAUGAUUCGUUGCGAUCAUUGUUUCAACAAAAUUGAAGAUUCAAAAUUCACGUGUCUUGGGUGUCGCUAUGUUCGAUAUUGCUGCAAAGAAUGUCAGGAACAAUCGAUUGAUAUACAUCAGCCAGAAUGUCACGUAAUUGGAAAAAGGCCAUUAAGAACAAUGACAAGAAUGAUUUUACGUAUUUUGAACAAAACUAAUGCUGUGAAUCAAAAAUUAAGUGAUUUAAUUUAUGGCCAUGAAAGAACGUGGGAUUGUUUGAUGGAUCAUUAUGGUCAUCUCAUUCAAGAUUUAGAAACAAUGUUGACUUUUGGAGCCAUUUUUGAAGAAUUAGAAUUGUUUAAUUUAAAACAGAUUUUGACAAUUGAAGAAUUGAUAAGAAUCUAUGGAAAAAUUCUGAUCAAUUCAUUUGCUAUAACUGAUCAAAAUUCAGGCAGUGUAAUAGGAAGAGCACUGUAUCUUGGGGCGUCAAUAUUCGAUCAUUCUUGUUGUCCGGAUCUUUAUUAUCAAUUCGAUGGUCUGAAAAUUUAUUUCAUUGCAUCCAGAGAUAUCAUUUUACGCGUAUCUAAUAUGAUCGAAGAAAUUUCCGAUACAAAUGAUGAGGAUGGCGCUCAAGAUGUGAAUCAAUUAUAUAUUAGCUAUAUUGAUGAAAUUUUGCCUGUUUGGGAACGGCAAAGAAUUUUAAAAUCCGGAUAUUAUUUCGAAUGUCGGUGUACACGUUGUCAGGAUGACCUGCAAAGAUUACCAUCAAUAAAUAAUGAACCACGAUUAUCACAAUGCUUAGAAAUGAUUGAAGAUUAUUUCGAAUCGGAUCAUUGUUAUGAACUAAUUCAAAUGGCUGUUGAUUAUUUUAAAUACAAUGAAACGCAUCCAAACUUUUUAAUUCCAGAUGAUAUUCUACAUCGAAAAUAUCUAAUUCAAACGAAUCCGGAAUUAUUUUCAAUAAAACAACGAAUCGAAGCCCUGAUUCAACACCAUAGACAGCAAAAAGAAUAUUCAUCACAUCAAAUGUUGCUGGAACAAUGUCGAUUAAUAUUGACCAAUGGAUGUGCAUUAGAUUUGGCAACAAUUCUUCGAAUUAAAGAUUUCAUAUCAUGUCAUGAGUGUGAUUCAGAAGAAUUGGAACAAAUAUUACAGAUAUAUUCCCAAUAUUAUGGCAAUCAUAAACAUCCAAGAAUCCUACGAAGAAUUUGGUUUUGGUUAGGAAUUCUGCUAUUGGACAAAUUUUCAUCACCUCAAUCAUCAAAGAUCAUUGAAAAAUCCAUUAUAAAUUCAAAUAUUUUAUUAUCAUUACAUAGAAGAACAAAGCUUAUAAAAUCUUAUUUACGAUUCAAGUUUUUUCAAAAUAGAUUAGAAACUAUCACAUAGAUCAUU